GAGAGGAGAGAAGAGAGGCAGAUAGAUGGAGAUGAGAAACAUCCCCAAAAGCAGCAGAAGGUACCAGCUGAAGAACAGCAGUGGCCAGAGAAUAUGCCUGAAUGGGAAGAAAGGAAAUCCCUGCUAGCUCAGAGAAGAGUGGAGUCUGUCAGACUGCUUACAGUGCUGUUAAACCGUGUGAAAGAUUUUGCACAGUUGGCAAGUCAAAAAGUGGAUCCUUCAUUGGGCAUAAGGAAGGACGAUUCCUUUUCUGAAACAGCAUUAAAAGACAUACAUCAGGAAUUGAUUAACUCCCAUUAUCAUACGCACAAAGAGUUGAAACAUAAGGAAGAGUUUAAGUGCCUGUUAACCCCAAAAGGUAGCAGCUUAUGUAGUGAGGAAGGAGAUGUGAGUAACUUCCGUGCAUCCACUUGUCAUAUAGUCAGGACGAUUUUAAAUGAUCCCGCUAUAGCCCCGAGUUCUGAUGGACUGCCUGGCAGAGAAGCAUACAACUCCUUUGGCUAUGGAUCUUUACUGAUUACAGUUACGCAGGACUGCAGGGUCAUCGAAUCUCUCGAUGGAAGGGACUACCCAACACUGAAUGUAGUUCACACGCAGACAGUGUCUGAUGAAGACGGUUGCAAAAAGCGGAAGGUUUAUGAGACUGAUGAAUUCAUCCAUUAUUUACUGAACUACUAUCAGACACCGCGCUAUGCACGUGUUUGCUUAGAGCCAAAACCCACUGUGAACAAGUCCUGGUGGAAGAGAGUGGUGUCUGGUGAUGAUAGCGAUUUUCACAUCAGCUUGAGUAACAAACAUGGUCAGCACUUCAGAGAAGUGAGUCCUGUACAAAACCUCAACAAGAGAAACUGUAGUAGCGAUGAUAAUUAUAGACUGGUGAUCACUGUUGGGGAACUUCAGUCGACAGACACAGUGUUAGAAAACAAGACCUGUGGGGGUAGGUUUGCAAAAAAGUCGCAAGUGCAGAGGAAUGACUCACUCACUGUUGAUAACUUACCACAUGCUGGACUGAAUCAUUCUUUGGAUUGCGCUGCUGUUACUCAUGAUAAGGAAUUCAAUAGCGAUGAAGAGACGGACAGUUGCGUGCAGCUGGAGUCGCUCAGAAAGAUACAAAGAAAAUGUAAGAAAAUGUUCCACAACAAAGUGAAACUCAAGACACUUCACACCACCAUGGCAGCACCAGAUGUUACCCCUCAUGAUGGCUCACCGCUUCAGGAGACCCUCCAGAGGACAGGAGAUGAGAGGAAAUUAAUGUUGAGAAGAGAGAUGGAUGCAGAUGUCAGAGGAUGCCCUCUAUUUCCUCUUGAGAUAAUUCAGACAAACCCCUGCUCAGAUACUUUCUGUGGAGCAGAGCCCAGAAGAGGAUGCUGAACAGCUACUAUAUAAUAGCUCUUAAGUUUUUAUACAGAAGUGGGAGAAGAAAGCCCUUUGACCAUUAAAAGGUAUAUGAAAUACUGGGGUUUUUUUGCUUAGGUAAUUCCUUCAGUUAGAAUAUCUAACUGGUGUAGCGAGCCACAAAACCAGAAUCUGUGUUUGCCUUUCGGAUAACAGAGGACCAAAACUUUCCCCAGGGCCAGACAAACUUUCAUGGACCAGUUGCUAAGAAUUUGAAAGGUUACAGAUUGAGAUCUCAAGAGUGUUAUAUUCUGAUUAAAUGCAGGGAACCAUGUAAAUAUCAAAGUUACAGUAUAUAGUAAUAAUGAGUCAUUGGGAAAAAAACAUAGCUGUGUAAAUCCUAGAGCAAGCACUUGAAGUGCCUCCUCGAUCAGAUUGUUAAAAUGAUGGGACUGGAAGGUGGGGGGGACAUUUAUACUCAAUUGUGGGAAGUAACAGAUUUCCAAAUAUGAAAAAAAUCCUAUCUUCUGUAAAACCCACACUGGAAAAAUGCUUGUUUUCUAUUUACAAUUCUAGGGGUGUUUCUGAAAACUUGCUGGUCUUUGGGAGGAUGGAUUUCACUGAACUUGUGCUAGACGUAGUGCUUCUAGGAAUCUGAAUGAUUGUCUAAGCGAAGCUCUGAAUGUUAGAUAGUGAAAGGGCAAUGCUUGUCAGCGUGCUGACAGUCCCCAUGUAUAGGUUGAAAAUUUGUUCACAAGACUUCAAAAUGUGCCCUUUUGAAGGCACAUGCAGUGAGAUAGCUAUUUAGUAUGAGUUUGCUUACAAAUAAUUUCCAGAGGAAUUGUCAAAUGUUGUCAGAUUUGUGCUGCAUGUAGGUAAAAAUGUGAAAACGCAGUCUAGGAGCUUGAUUUAUAUCCGCAUUUAUUCAGCUGGCUAUAUUUAGAAGACGGCCACAAUUGCUUUUGGACAAAGUCCCUUAGCGAGAUCUAGAGGACCAGUUCUAAGUUCAAUACACUGAUUCUUUCAGCUUUCAUUGUAGUAUGCUUUAUUUAUUACAUGUCAACAUACUAAGUUAAUGUGAUGAUGUUGCCUUCAUUACAUAGAAUCUUACCCAUGUUUGUAACUUCCGCUCUAAUAAAUAGUAAUUAAAAAAUAAUAAUUGUAAUUGUUCAUGGUAGAUAGGUUUCCCCCCAGUGUUCAAUACUGGCAAUUCCUACAGGCUUCUAAGCCAGGUUUUAUCAGUCUUCUCUGUUCAUGUGUUCAGAUGCUGAGUGCCUUUUCAGGGUCAUGAAUGACAAAUGGUUGCUACUCAAAGUACUGUUAAUCUAUUACUUUUAUCUAAAAAGAUCUUAUUUUCUUGACAUAAAUAUUUUCUGACUAUUUUGGAGAACGUUAAUGCCCCUCUUAAGUCUCCUUUUUAGUAUUUUAUACAAUUAUAAUGAAGAUCAACUAUUGUGUUCGUUGACCGUGUAAAAUGUUUCAGUUGCACUGAUAUGACAUACCAAGGGUGUUUUUUCUCUACGCAAUAUUUGCGGAUUAAAGAUGACAAAAUUUCCCCCUCUGUCAAAUCUAUACAGUUCUGUGCGCGUAAGUACCCAUUUCCCAUGAGACAGGCCUUUCGAUUACAGGUGAGGAAGCAUUUCUUUUUGUUAAUCUGGGGGAGCAGGAACUAAAGAUUUCCUUUGGUGUAAAUUUCCGGUGUUUUAUCAACAUGUUGUCACAAUAUUCAAUAACAAAUAAAUACACCAGUUCUGUAAUUGCUUCUUGCAUUCACCUACAUUGAUUGAAAUUGAUAAAGCAAAUUAUCUAUCUCCAAGUCCUUGCUCAUGUAAAACAUUGUUAGUAAAUAAAGUACCUGUGCACUUUAAAAUGUGA